AUGAAUUUUAAGUUUAAAACCAUUAGGCGAACUAGAAAUGCAUUAAAUGCUUAGUAAAUCUAUUGGGAAAUAAUUAAAUUAAAGAAAUACUUCAGAGUAAAGACUAUAUUUGGAGAAGAGAAGAAAGCUGAAAUAAUUUUUCAUAGAACUUAAUUACCAAACAAAUAUAGAACUCAUGAUAUGAGUUUAUAUAUAGAAUAACAUCAAGAGACUUAGAAUAUGUUCUAUUAUAUUGCAACAGGAUUAUUUAGCUUUUCAAUUAUGCAUUUCUAUGCAAAAAUGCUCUAUGAUGAUGAUACUAGAUAUUGGGUUAGUAUUCGUUUUCCUAAUCAUAUGAAAUAAUUUGAUAUUUUUAAUAGAUUAAUAAAGAAUCAAUAUGAUGACAUAUUAGAGAAAGUAUGAAUAAAAAUAUAAAAUUUAGUUACAAUUAAAAAAUAAAGAUUUGACUGGAGAAGUGGGAUAUCAUAAUUUGAAACAAGGCAUUAAAGACUUAUUUAAAAGAGAAAUUAAGAUAGUUGAUUUUGAAACAACUGACAAAUCCAUUUAAGGACUAGAUAGCUUUUUAUAAGAAUAAGAUAAAAAAGUACUUAAAUCAAUUAAAUGA